CGCUGCAGCCAGUGCAGGCGCUACGGACGACCGCUACGCACUACAAACGUAGCGGGCUACGCCGUAGCCCCUGGGGCGUAGCAUAGUUUUUACUAUUUUACUGUAUGACGAAAUUAAAUUAUUAUAUGUAACGGAUGAUGAGUUUAGUGCUGUUAUAGUUCGAUUAAUUAACAAAUCCCAAUUAAUAUAGAUGAAUCUCAGUCAAUUGAUGGAUUUAUCCAAUUUACAUUCAAUUGUAAGAGCUGCUUAUGAAUCAAUAGUAUAUUAUGAGUACAUAUGACAGUUAAAGUAUGGGUUAUACUAAAAUAAUGGAAUCAAAUGGAGGUCAGAGGAAAGAGGCCUUUCAAGAUAUGGGACAGUUCAAGGAACGUGAGGAAGGGGCUGGUGGUGACUAGCUUCGAGGAGUUGCUCCACAGAGGUAAGGAGAAGCUAUCAGUAGCUGCGAGCGAGCCGGUGCGGCUGGUGCUGGAGAGCGACGGCACGCAGGUGGAGGACGGCGAGUACUGGCGCACGCUCCCGCCCAACACUGUGCUGCUGCUGCUGCGCCCCGGGGAGCGCUGGUACCCCACCGGCGUCGACGUCAUCAAGGCUGCAAUAUCGGCAAUACCAAAGAUAGUAUGCGAAACUAUUCACGCACUCGAGUUGCACGAUGAGACGCCUUCAUGGAAGAUCAUGGACAACAAGGGGCGCGUCACGGUGGUGCUGCACUGGGACCAGCGGCCGCAGGCGUCGCCGGCCGCGCGCUCUCCCUCGCGCCAGCCCAAGCCCGACCGGCGGCCAUCGCUCGUCAUCCAGACGUCACUGGACCGGCCUGCGCCCGCGCCGCCGCACAUCACCGUCGUGAACCACGACGAGCCGGGGCCGGCGCCGCGCCGCCUGUCGCGCGCGCCCGGCUCGCUGGAGCAGCCGGGCGGCGUGCACGUGCACACGGCCGACUGCCGCGCCGCCGCCUCGCCCGCGCCGCUCGCGCGCCCGCCGCCCGACGAGUGCGACUUCCACUGCUGCGCGCUGCACGAGGAGGGCCGCCGCAUCGCCGUGCACAAGAGCGUCGCCACCUCGCCCAUCCAGGACGCGCAGCCGCGCGCCUCGCCGCAGGGCCGCCCCAAGGGACACGUGCGCUUCCUCGACGCCGAGUCCGCGCGCCGCGGCGACCGAGACUCCUCAGAGAGCGAGACCGAGAACACCCUCGUCGAGGACGAGGCGGUCACCUCCGAGAAGUUUCUCUUGCUGAUCGACCAGCUCAGCGUCGACCAGAAGCGGCAUCUCACCAUCAAAGACAUCGGUAUCAUCCUCGAGCGGCUCAGCUCCAAGAUCCUGGACGUGGAGCGGCUAGACCGCGAGUCGGAGUCGGACGACUGCUACAACUGGACGAUAAAGGCGACGAUCAGGGGAGACGCGCUGCGGGAACUGGGCGUCAUUUACAACGGCAACUACUAUGCGAUCAGCGAACACCCGGGCUACCGGGAGGAGAACGAGGAGGCCGGAGACGAGGGUGAGGAAGAAGAGGAGGAAGAUCGACUCUGAUCGGGCCUGUGCGGCGCCGCCGUGCCCGCCGCCGCCGCCGCCGUGCGCACCGCGCUGUGCCGCAUCGCCGCGCGCUGACCGGCGCCGCCGCACGCCCGCAAGCAAUAUAUUGGUUACUAAGGUUACGUCGAGCCGGCGACUCGCGGCCCGCACCACGCCGGCCGCGAUGCUCACCAACGAUCGCCCGCCGAAGUGAAUAAUUAGAGACUUAUAUAUGAAAUUUGUCGCGGCCCCGCCUCGCGCUGACCCGCUCGUGGCAGUCGGCAGUGCGGGGUCGUACCCUAGUUAAUAAAUAGCGGAAUUAUUGUAAGUAAAACUGACUUCCUAUCGAUUUCUAAGGUGAUUACUUAAGUGUAAGCCGGUCGCGUGGCGAGGGCCGCCGCCUCGCUCGCAUAGCGUACUGUGUAUUAUAAUUAUGCGUCACCGGAACACAACACCCGCACAAAUGUUUAUCAUCGAGGUUAUUGUCAAUGUUCUUAGGUAAAUAAUAACUCAUAGGUGUGCGCUCGCCGCCGCCGCUCCCGUUCGUAUCGUACCGCAUUUGUUUCGUCCCCGCGCGGCGUCUGUCGCGCGGCUGCACAUACUUCACUCAAAUUUGGCCUAAUGUUGGGGAAUAAGUUUCUGUAUAAACUCAUCAUCAUCAUCGAUGCAUCCCGUAGACGACAAGUCUAAACUAAAACACCAGAGUGUGAGACUCAAAAACAAUAAUUGAUAGCGUUGUAGUGUGUGUGAGGACGGGUUGAGAAGGCUGCGUGUCGCUCGCACACUGAGGAACUUGCUCAUAUAUUCAGUUAAGUUGUUGUGUCGAGGACGCAGGACGGCCGCGUCCCGGCACUAGCACGCAACUCGUCGCUGGACUCCAGUCGCGUCGCUGGCUCGCCUCAGAGCGACACUUCCAAAAUAGCUAUGACGAUGUUUCAGAGAGAGCCAAACAUUAAUAGAUAUAUUAAAAUUAUUAUAAUUAAUAAAAUUGAAUGUUAAAAAUAAAAAUGGUUGUAUCUAAAAUACGAAUAUACCUACCGUCAUGCGUCAGUCAUCUUGCUACAUGGGUAUUGGUAGUCGGUAAGUUGAUUCUUGUAUUUAUUAGCUAUAUGGUAUCGUAGUAUUACUGUAUAAUGUUUUUAAUUUUUGUAUAGUACGGAGGUCGUGGUGGUCACGCAUUAAUGUAUAAUAUAAACAAAACAAUGUGGUUUCAUAAGUUUUACAGCCGGGAGGCUCUCAUAUUGUAUAGUUAUUUAAGGUGUAAUAUUAACGAUUAUUAUUGGAUAUUACUGAAGGAGUAGGUGAGCCCGCGCUCCCGUGGCGGCGACAGUUCGCCUCACCUGUUUGUGGGCGGGGAUCGCGGAUGCGCGAGCUUUUUGGAACGUCUUUGAAACGAAUCUCUGUCGAAUGGAAACAUAAUGAACAAACUGUGAUUGCUAACGGUAUUUUACAUAAACGUCGAAUUAGCUAAUAGUACUCUCAUUGUGUCCCAAAUCGCUCGUGGGCCCACUGUCCGAACACGAUACUAUCAUAUUUGUCAUCACAUUCCUUUCUGAACGGUCCGUAAGGUCCCGUUUGAGAUGCAUUCCUAAUUUGACUAUUUCUCAACGAUCAGUAUAAUUAUAUGUAUAUUAUGAACCUAUUUUCGUGAUCCGAAAAUAAAAAUUUUGAUGUUUUAAUACAUUAUUGGAUAAUAUUUGAUUUUAAAGUUUGAUAUUGUGACUUGUCCUAAAGUUACUUAAUUUUCAAUUUACUAUCGCUAUUAAAGUUUAGGGAAGCUGUAAGUUUCGUUAAAAAAAAGUUUCAUAAAAUAAGUGGCCGGGUUUAGAGGUGUCAGGUAACUCCGACGAGUUCAUGUCCUCGUGUUCUGUGGCACUUACAUUUUAUGAGGAAGCGCCACAGCCAGGAGGCUUGUAUCCACUACUGUGCGAGUGUUCUCCACCUCAUGCUGUAAACUGACGACAAAUGUCAUACAUUUUGUCGUCGUCACAAGUUUACAGCGUGGCGUCGAGAGCUAGUGGUUAUUCACUUGAAGUUUUAUAAGGUAAUACUGAGAGUUAAAUGUUCAGUGUCGAAUGACUGCGAUUUUCUUACGUUGGUUCUGUCUGAAGAGGAUUUGGUAAAACAAUGUUUUGGGACAGGCGACACACUGAGGACUGUUUGUUUUAUAGGACAUGCUUACCAGCCCAGAGGGGCGUACCAACUGGUUCAUACACUCUAAUGGUGGUUUGAUAAAUGAUAAUAAUGGUCCGCGAGUCGGCAGCGUGUCGCCUGGCUGAGACCUGAGCCAGUCGCGCAUGUGUGCGUCCUACUUAGAUUACUUUCAAUAAUUAUAUGUUUGUUUGUACAGCUAAUGGUGAGUCUAUGGAGUUACGGUUCGUUACGCACACGAUAUUAUAUCUAGAUAAAACGUUCCGUUUUAAUAUUUUUAUGUGUAUAGGAGUAAUGAUAAAUUGUAAAAAUUGGUUUGUGACGCGUAUGAUCCGCGGUUGACAUUUGGGAGGAGAGGGCUAAGCGACGCAACUCAACUCGACGGCAGCUUUUCAAUUUACGAGAGUGAUGUUUUUUAAUGAAAGAAUAAUUGAAUGUAAGUUGCGUUGCUUAUCACUUCGAUCGUUGUGAACAAUGAUAUUGUUGCAUUGUCCAUUCAACAGUGGCAUCAAAAUCAUUAUAAUUCAAUUACUACCAGUUUUUUGUGUAAGACAGCAACUGUAAUUUUGGAAAGUGUUAGUUCAAAAGUCGUGUCGAGUGGUUGAAGUAUUUGUGAAGUGUUGACGAAUAGAAAUAGUAAUGAUGGUUCAAUAAGAUAGUUACGAGAAUCUUGUUAGUAAUUGAAUUAUAGACUUGCAUGCCGGUAGAGCACUCGUUGCCUCGUGGUGCAGAUAAUAGUUCCAUGACUGAAAUAAUAUUAAGUAUAUCAUCUCUAACUGUUGGACUCGCAAGUAACAAUAUUGUAUCUGGGGACCGAGCACGGCUAUCCAUGCGAUUUUGUGGAAAAUACGAAUUAAAUAUUGAAUAUUGCUGUAAUCAUUUUAUUUAAAGCAAAUAUUCAAUAAAACAAAAUCAGCCCGCUGGUCCUCAGUAAUACUUCCCAAAUUGUAUUUCAUUCGAAAUAUACAUACCUAAAUAAUGAUUAGAUAACUAAUAAUAUAUAAACGAUAACAGGAUUUUCGAAAAACACUUUUCGAACCUCGUUUUUAUAGACGAAUAAAAUAGUAAUGUCAUUGUUUUUUUUUAAUGUCAGUCAUAAAGUUGGGUAUUGAUUUGUAGCAUUUUCUUGUAAUCCAAUAUAAAAAAGAUCUUUUAGGAUCGCUGUAGAUGCCAACGUUAUACUUAAUAACGUUGCCCUAAGAUUAACUUCAAAUAUAUAAAAAAUAUUCCUCGCAUAGGAAACCUGUGAAACCCAAACGUGGAAUUGAUAUAUAGCAGUGAGGGGUACAGUCUGUCUGUGGUCUACAAGCAACUGUUACAACUCAGUACACAGCUCAACACGCAGUGAACACUCGGCAAAUACAAAUACGUAAAAUAAUGAAUGUUAGUUAUUCAUACACUAUAUAGCACUUAGGGGACUCGUUUUAAAGUUACGUGCCAAAUCGUUCUUCUUUUACAAUCCCACCGUAGAACUCUAACUUCGACGUCACGCUGUAAGAAGUAACGUCGCAGAACAACCAUCUCUUACGAACAAUUCAAUAAUGUAGAGUAACGUAAUCUACAGUGUGACGUCGGGGACUCGUGGUAGAGUUUUAUAUAAAAGUCGAAUAAAACAUAAAAGUAGCGAGUUUCGAUAAUAGGCUACUAAGGACUGGUGCCAUAGAAUAUGCUAUAAGAAUUGUUGUUUUACAAAGUGCCAAUUUAUGAGUUGUAAGUAAUAUUAGUUAAGUUAGAUAUGGCACGUACAAACCUUUUUUAAACACAUUCUAAACUGUAUUUUGAAGUUUGAGUACUUUGACAAGGUAUACUUAAAGGAGCAAAGCCAGCUUUUGGCAAAAAUCGUUAUUAAUGGGACUGAGAAUAUCCAUCCUUGCUAUGCAAUAUAAUUAUUAAAAAAGUCAUUGUAAGAAAGAAUUUUCUAAAUACGAAGAUGGACGAUGCUCUCACUUCAAAAUAAAGUUAUUCAACCCCGAAUCGAACCAGGCACUGGCAAAGUUCACGUGACAUACGUACAUACGUAACCCGAGAACAAUUAUUUUUGUAUUCACUCGACGAUCGUGAGACAGAUACCGGCUUCUGUUCAACACUCGAUAAUUACCCAAAAACUUCACUGCCACUAAUUUAAAAAUAAAAAUAUUGGAAACGAAUAA